UGUGACAGGGACGGGAGCCGAGAGGGCACUCGGAGGCGAGGUAGUGGGCAGUGGGAGCCGCUGGGAGGGUCGAAGUCAUGAUCCCCCUGCAGGAGGCGUCCGCCCGGCGGCGGGAGAUCGAGGACAAGCUGAAGCAGGAGGAGGAGACGCUGUCCUUCAUCCGAGACAGCCUGGAGAAGAGCGACCAGCUCACCAAGAACAUGGUGUCUAUCCUGUCAUCCUUUGAGAGUCGCCUUAUGAAGCUGGAGAACUCCAUCAUCCCUGUGCACAAACAGACGGAGAACCUGCAGCGGCUGCAGGAGAACGUUGAGAAGACUCUGUCCUGUCUGGACCAUGUUAUCAGCUACUACCAUGUGGCCAGUGACACUGAGAAGAUCAUCAGGGAGGGCCCCACAGGUAGGCUGGAAGAGUACCUGGGAAGCAUGGCCAAGAUUCAGAAGGCUGUGGAGUAUUUCCAGGACAACAGCCCAGACAGCCCAGAGCUCAACAAAGUGAAGCUGCUGUUUGAGCGGGGGAAGGAGUCGCUGGAGUCCGAGUUCCGCAGCCUGAUGACCCGGCAUAGCAAGGUCGUGUCCCCUGUGCUCAUCCUGGAUCUGAUCAGCGGUGAGGACGACCUGGAGGUACAGGAGGAGGUGCCCCUGGAGCACCUGCCUGAGAGUGUGCUGCAGGACGUGAUCCGCAUCUCCCGCUGGCUGGUGGAAUAUGGCCGCAACCAAGACUUCAUGAACGUCUACUACCAGAUCCGCUCCAGCCAGCUGGACCGCUCCAUCAAAGGCCUGAAGGAGCAUUUCCGGAAGAGCAGUUCUUCGUCUGGGGUCCCCUACUCCCCUGCUGUCCCCAACAAGAGGAAGGACACGCCUACCAAGAAGCCGGUCAAGCGGCCAGUCCGUGCUCCAGGGACGAUCCGUAAGGCUCAGAACCUUCUGAAACAGUAUUCCCAGCAUGGUCUAGAUGGGAAAAAGGGGGGCUCUAACCUCAUUCCUCUGGAAGGUCACGAGCAUGAUUUCCGAGUUAAGCACCUGUCCGAGGCCCUGAACGACAAGCACGGGCCACUGGCCGGGAGAGAUGACAUGCUGGACGUGGAGACCGACGCCUACAUUCACUGCGUCAGUGCCUUUGUCAAGCUGGCCCAGAGCGAGUACCAGCUGCUGAUGGACGUCAUCCCUGAGCACCAUCAGAAGAAGACCUUUGACUCUUUGAUACAGGACGCCCUGGACGGGCUGAUGCUUGAAGGGGAGAACAUUGUGGCUGCUGCCCGGAAGGCCAUCAUCCGACACGACUUCUCGGCUGUGCUCACCGUCUUCCCCAUCCUGCGGCACCUCAAGCAGACCAAGCCUGAGUUUGACCAGGUGCUCCAGGGGACGGCCGCCAGCACCAAGAACAAGCUGCCCAGCCUCAUCACCUCCAUGGAGACCGUAGGAGCCAAAGCGCUGGAGGACUUCGCUGACAACAUCAAGAACGACCCGGACAAGGAGUACAACAUGCCCAAGGAUGGCACUGUGCACGAGCUCACGAGCAACGCUAUCCUCUUCCUGCAGCAGCUCCUGGACUUCCAGGAGACGGCGGGCGCCAUGCUGGCCUCCCAAGUUCUUGGGGACACAUACAAUAUUCCUUUAGACCCCCGAGAGACCAGUUCCUCAGCCACCAGCUACAGCUCCGAGUUCAGCAAGCGCCUCCUGAGCACCUACAUCUGUAAAGUCCUGGGCAACUUGCAGCUGAACUUGCUGAGCAAGUCCAAGGUGUAUGAGGACCCGGCUCUGAGCGCCAUCUUCCUACACAACAACUACAACUACAUCCUCAAGGCCCUGGAGAAGUCUGAGCUGAUCCAGCUGGUGGCCGUGACCCAGAAGACUGCCGAGCGCUCCUACCGCGAGCACAUCGAGCAGCAGAUCCAGACUUACCAGCGCAGUUGGUUAAAGGUGACUGACUACAUUGCUGAGAAGAAUCUACCUGUGUUCCAGCCCGGAGUCAAGCUUCGGGACAAGGAGCGCCAGAUGAUCAAGGAGCGUUUUAAGGGCUUCAACGAUGGCCUGGAAGAAUUGUGCAAGAUACAAAAGGCCUGGGCUAUUCCCGACACGGAGCAGAGGGACAAGAUCCGCCAAGCUCAGAAAAACAUUGUUAAGGAGACCUACGGGGCCUUUCUGCACAGGUAUGGCAGCGUGCCCUUCACCAAGAAUCCUGAGAAGUACAUCAAGUACCGUGUGGAGCAGGUGGGCGACAUGAUCGAUCGCCUCUUUGACACCUCCGCCUGAGCCGCCACCGCCCCUGCCUGGCUCUGCCGGACCAGCCAUGUUAUCGGACACAUAAACCAGUGUUAACUUGC